AAAAAGCAGAAUCUAUAUGUCGCCGUAUUAGCUUCUUGAUUGCCUUUCUUCUUGCAUGAUCUGAGAUACAGGAGGGUGUUUCUAUUUUUGUCAAAAAUAAAAAUUAGAGUAUUUAAGUUAUUUCUCUGUAACUAACAUAAAUGGGUAAUUGUAUAUGCCAAAUAAAAACAUAAAUGGAAAAUUAGAUUUUUAAAAAGAAAAGAAAAGAAAGUUAAGAAAAGGAAAGGAGGUUAUCCGUAGAGAAAUACGCAGUUCUCUCACCGCAGUGGAUCAUUCAUCUGCCAUCUGCGCCCGCGCCCGCCACCUCCCAAAACCAGAAGAAGCAAAAAGUUCGUCCCUUUUUGCUUCCUCUCUAUUGCAGAAGCCAAGCAAACUGUUGGGUAGCGAUCUCUCUGUCAAAACAAUGGAUGAUGAAGAACUUUCUAUGAGCAAGGAUGAGGACGUGUCAGAGAGUUCCAAUGGGAAAGAUGCAGUCACUUCUGAGGGGAACUUGGAUGCAGAACCAUUUGUGGGUAUGGAGUUUGAAACUGAAGAGGCUACCAAGGUGUUCUAUGAUGCGUAUGCAACACAGGUGGGUUUCAUUAUGCGAGUUGAUGCCUUCCGGAGAUCAAUGCGAGAUGGGAAGGUAGUUUGGCGUAGGCUUGUGUGUAAUAAAGAGGGAUUUCGCAAGACGCGAGCCAAAGGAACUGAAAACAGGAAGCCUCGAGCAAUCACCAGAGAAGGGUGCAAAGCAAUGAUUGUGGUAAAGAAAGACAAGUCAGGGAAAUGGGUCGUAACACGAUUUAUAAAGGAGCAUAACCAUCCACUAGUAGGUACACCUUCAAAUGGUCGCCGCAGUAUGCUUCUGUCUCAAACACCAAUUUGAAAGUGCAUCAGGUGUUCUUGUAUCUGUUGCCUUGAAGUGGUUUGGAGCAUUUUCAAGCUGGAAAGUUACUUUUUGCUUAUGCAUCUUACAUGAUAUUAAUAGGAAUUCUGGUUUGUGGAUGAAGUUAGCAGAUGCCCCUUGCUUGAACAGGUUACUCGAUGCUGUCAUUCUUAUGGUUUUCAUAGUUCAAAGAUUAUAGUUCAUAUAUUUCUGAACUUCAUGUUAGGCAACCCAUGUUCUAUCACCUCCAAAUUGUUAAAACCAGUUUUGAUGUUUUGAAUCUAAAACGUAGGACUUGUUUGGUAACCAUUUCGUUUUUCGCUGUCCUUUUCAUUUUUGGUGAUACAGAUAGAGAAGCACUUGUGGGAGAAAGGAAAGGAGAAAUAAAGAAGGGUAAAGGAAGGAGGGUGGAAGAAAUGAAAGGAAUGAGUGUAAAAAUGACAAACAAAAUGAAAACUAUGGAAAACAGUUUUAAGUUGAUUUCACUUUCACAUUUUUGUUUUCAUGUAAUCUACAUUUCUCCCUCCGCCCUCAGAACGCCUCCCUUCAUCCAUCUCCAUACCUUGUUUUGCCCAUAUACUUUCCUUUCUCGAGCACAAAAAGUAAGAACUACGAACUAAAAACGAAAUGUUUAUCAAAUGGGUCCUUAGCUUUGUAAGUUUACUCAAGAAGUAAUAAAGAAGUUUUCAUAAAUUAUUUUGGUACUGUUAUUAGAAUUUGUACAAGUCGCCUCGUAUGGUAUAUGUAAUUGCUUCUGUGGCCGUUUUGUGAG